AUGGACGUUAAUAAUGUUUCUUCGUUAUAUGCUGCUACUCAGGGCGUGCCUUUGAUUCUAGCACCACAAUUUUCAUCACUAAAACCGAUUAGUCUUCCGCACGAUUUUGAUCUGUUCGGCGAUUUACCACCAAUGCCGCAACCAUGUGAUUUUGAAUUAGAAAGAUCCGUGAUCAGCCAACUAGAGCGAGAACGACAAGCGGCCACACUAAAGCUCGCAACACGCGCUGAAAAGAUUCGCACGCUACAUGAGGAACGCAUUCGAAAACAAAAAGCAGAGGCACGGAAAAUCGCCCCGGGGUUUUUGGAUACAGAUCGUAGAAUCUUAACUCCAGAACCGGAGAAAUUAUCAGCAGUUGCAACAAAUACAACAAAUCCUUGGGAUCUUUCAAGCACAAUAGAAGAUGAUUUAAAUGAAACUAUGGGUGCUCCGUUUAAUGUAGUAGAAAAUCUUAAUCCAACAAAUGGAUUAAAACAACAUCAUGUUCAAACUCAUCAUAACAUUCAUCAACAAAUCAUCCAACACACAGUAACAUCCCCAAUCAAUGAUCCUAUCCUCGAAAUACGUCAAAGUCAUCAACAACAAGAAGCAUCGCAACCUCUACUUCACCAAGGAGGUUAUCCGACCACUUCUAAUUAUAAUCCACAGAAUACAACAACAACCAAUUCUCCGUUUCCAAUAACAAGCAAUAACGCUCUAAGAACGAUGAGCAGCCCAUCGAGUCCCAGUUCAUCAUUACAAUUAUAUUCACCUGCACAGUAUCUAACAACGUCUAUUACACCCACAACAACAGGAACAGGUUCUUUUUCUCGAGGUCGAAGUGCUUCUUAUACAGCCGUAAUACCACCAAAUAGACCACCCAAAGAAGAACUUCCUAGGUCAAGGUCUACUACACCUUCUCCCAGUCGCAUUUCUACUGCCAGUCCAGAGAUUAACAAGGAUUCGGAAGUUCUUAAGCAGCUUGUAAAUAUGGGAUUCUCGAGAGAACAAGCUAUUGAUGCUUUGGAAAAAUAUGAUAAUGACUUAGUAAAAGCUACCAAUUAUUUAUUGGAUAAUUGA